AUGGAGGAGCUUAAAAUAAAAGGGACUUAUCUGUUUAUUGAUUGGCUAUGGAAUAGAAUGGCUUUUUUGAAGAGGAAAAAAGUGAAAUUUAGUGUUGAUUUACAGGUUUCGAAUCUCAGCGAUGUUCCUCUGGUAAAUGCUGUUUUAUUCGCGAAAGUUAGAUUACUAGAUGGCGGAAACUUUGAAGAUUUGACCGAACGCGUAGAGGUUGUGUCCCAUAGUGCGUCCUGGUCUCACCGAUCGUCCUUCUCAUGCAGAAUUUCAUCAGAUCCAACUACAGGAAUGUUAGAAAAGUGUUUAUGUAGAAUUUCAAUAAGGAAGGAGCAAAAAGGAGGAAAAUCAUAUGUCAAACUAGGCUAUGUUGAUAUAAAUUUAUCAGAGUUUGCUGCUUCUGGAGUCGAAGGUAUUACUCGAUCGUAUUUAUUGGAUGGCUAUGGUCUUAAUCAACGCCAAGACAAUUCUAAGGUUCAAGUCAAAGUUAUUAUGUGCCACCAAAGUGCUGAUCCUUAUUUCCGAGUUCCAAGAAUUGCCUGCGCAACAGACGAUAAGUCUUUGAACCCUCUCGAUAGAAAAGCUCCUGAAGAUUUUGCUUUUGAGCCGGUGUCUUCAGGAAGAUUAUUAGAUGAAGAAGUUAUGUUCCGCCCUACUACUGCUAAUGAUGUCGCCCCAGAAGUGAUAUCGAAUGAUGGCUCUUCUGGGACAACUGAAGAUACUUGUUCUGUUGUGUCUGAGAGGAGAAUCAACCCUACAUCUUUGCGACGAAUGAGUCAAGAUAGAAGCAGUGCUCCGAGAGUUCAGAGUACUCGGAUCGAUCCUGGUGGAAUCAUAGAUAAAAUGCUAGCAGAAAGUUGUUUGUCUGAAUCAGGAGAUGUACCGGUCGAAGACUCGGAAGGAUUAGCUUUAUACGUAGAUCGUGAUGGAGCAGCAGUUGUUGGUCCACAAGGUGCUGGGUUACAGAAAGUAACACUUGGUGAUGGAACAUGA